CACUGCCGCAGUAAUGCAUGACCUUGGAGCAAAGCGCGUCUUAACACUCCGCCUAGCCCUUUCCUAAUCAUACUUGCAUAACAAUCACAUUUUCUUUCGGGAAAGCAAAACAACUAUACCCACGGUACUCCCCACCUUGACGAGGCGAAUUUGUUAAUCCCUCCCUGCAAGUAUAUAGCUCGCUCACUCCCACUCGGAGCUCGUAACAAAGUCAUCACUCAUCACAUGAGCUUGCGUGAGACCGCGAGCCGCGCACGGUGUUCACCGGUCAUGGAAGAAGAGCGAGCGCUGUCCCCGGCGUCCGACGCCUCCACCACCUGCAGCAGCGGCAGCUCCGGCGGCGGCUCGGGCCCCGGCUCCCCCGCCGCGUCGUCGGCGUCUGUUGACGACUCCGGCGUCGCCGCCAGCGCGGCGAGCGGCCGGAAGCGCCCGCGCCGGGAGCUGAAGCACCCGGCGUACCGCGGCGUGCGGAUGCGGGCGUGGGGCAAGUGGGUGUCCGAGAUCCGGGAGCCCCGCAAGAAGUCGCGCAUCUGGCUCGGCACCUUCGACACCCCCGAGAUGGCUGCGCGCGCGCACGACGUCGCCGCGCUCGCCAUCAAGGGCCGCGCCGCGCACCUCAACUUCCCGGAGAUAUCCCACGAGCUGCCCCGCGCGGCGUCGGCCGCGCCCGAGGACGUCCGCGCCGCCGCGGCGCUCGCGGCCGCGAUGGAGGGCGCCGCACCGCCGGCCGCCGCGUCUAGCGACUCUAGCCGCGCCGCCGCCGGCAGUGACGAGGACGAAGAGCCUGCGGCAUCCGUCUCGUCCGGCCACGACGAUGGCAAUGCCGGAGACGAAGAGCCGGCCGCGCCGACGUCUGAGCACGCGGUGCUGGCGGACGGUCACGUCCUAGAUCUCGCGCUCCUCGAGCUGCCCGACGUCCUGCUCGAGUUCGGCUUCGAGUUCACGUUGCCGCCAACGACGCCUGCUUGUUGCUAUGAUUUGUCCUGGGACGAGCCGUUGCUGCUGUGGGAGCACUGACGGCAAGAGGGCGGAACUCGGAACGCAUUCAAUGUGAAGUUAGAUAGAGGUGCUAGCUGAUGACGAUCCACACUAAUUCGAUCUGUUCCUGCGUCAAUUGUGAUGCUAAUUACACAUGUCCAAGCAACCAAGUGCAACAUGAUAGAAAACACACGGUUAUUGAUUCACACAUUUGUACACAACGCAAUAAAUUUCAGUAGUUAACUUUCCAGCUCGUGAACAAGAUGGAAAAGAUAUGAAGGGCUUCUCUUUAGAAAGUUACUUAUGUCUGUUCAAUAUCCGGCUGGUACUACUUGGCCCAUGCCUACUGUAAAUAAGUGAGUGUACAUUUGCUAAAAUCUGGAAGUUCCGAAGAAAUAGGACGCCCCU